AUGGUAAAGAUCAAGUUGCCUGAUUUAGAGAGCGAUGAAGACGUAGAUCUGAUAGGAACCUCGAUCAACAAAGCUGCAACAUCAAUCUCUGACGAAGAGACCGAGGAGCAGCUGGCCAAACCGUUAAAGUUCAAGUUGAAAAGAAACAAACAGGUACCACUAGUAGAGGAAUAUACCAAUGAUGAUGAUUACUCCACGUUGUUUGAGCAACCCGCCGGAACAAAACCCCGUAAUACAAAGGAAACGAUUAACGUAUUGAAUUUAGAAGAUUUAGAAGGUUCAGAGGAAGAACAAAAUGAACCACCUAAGUACACCAAGAAAGUACAAAACCGCAGCCAGCUAGUUUCAGAGAAGAAAGUUAACGAAAAGACGUACGUGAAGUUGCUCAGCAAUCAGGAUAAAGACGAUUUACGUGAAUUGGGAAUAACCGCCCAGGCUGAUAUUUACGCUGAAGAAGACGAUCAACUAUUGAUGGAUAACUCACUGCAAGACGAACGGUUAGCAUUGGGAGACAAAGAAAAACAGCUGAUGCAACAACGGAAACGUAAAGAGAUUGAACAAUUGAUAAGUUUGCAUGAUGAAGAGACCGUUUUACCACAGGAAAUACAAGAACUUGAUAAAAUAAGCGGUCAAAAGACAGUUCUUCUACCCAGAUUGCAACCCGAGCAAAAAUGGGAAGAUAUAUAUCAAGAGUUGAGCGAAUACGCUGCUUCUCAACGUGACAGAGACACUCUAAGCUCCAAGAGAAUCGAAAUAUUAUCACAGCAAUUGCAAGAUUUGACGUUGAAGAAGGAAACCUUUCUAGAAGAGAUGAAACAGAUAGCAUCGUCACAUAACAACAAACAUCCCACGUGA